CUCAAAAUUAGCGUGGAAAAUAAAGAGGGGAGGAGAAGGGGAAGGAAUCUCAUACAAAUUGAGAAUUGCUUCAGCAAAAAUUCGAAUUCCGAUGGACGAGAAUGAAUUCCGGCAGCUCCUCGAGCUCUUCCCAGUCGUCCGAUCUACCGAUUAUUGCGCUGCUUCGGACUUUUCAAGCCAAUUAUCUGGACCUGCUCCAAGUCAAGAGUUGAAGGAACGGCAAGAUGGAUGUAGUACUGAGGAUAAUAAUGAAGCAUUUUGGGGAAAACUAAAGGCGGCUGCUGAGAAGAAGGUGGGUGCAGCUGAUGCAGAAAGAUUUUGCAAGGCAUUUCAACAAGUUUAUAAGAAACUAGUUUAUGAAGAAAUAACAACAGAUGCUGCUAAGAGAAUAAUGAAUACAAGGACUUCCUGAGGAACGAAUGAAGAAGUAUAAGGAAAUCGUUGCUUCAUACUACCGUUAUGUCAGCACAAAGUACUACCCAUAAUUCUGCCAUAUAGACUCUGGAUCCGAACUGAUGAUUGAGGAAAUUAUGCUGCUUUUGUGACAUCAAUUGCCAUUUCUAUCUUUGUUGUUCAUUGAUCGCAUAUUUAUUGUAGUAUUAGUAUUAUCUCUGAAUUUUAAUCUAUCUGGUUUUGUUCAUA